AUGGGCAUCGCUCCAGCUGUGAGGAGGUACGCGACUUCCAGCUUGCGGGCCCCCCACCGGGGGCUUGCUACCCACACAGGCCUGCCGGAACGCGACUGUUCCUCCAUCACACCCCCAUAUGCGCGGUUACUGCAAAAACUGGCAGAUGUUCGCGAACUAUUGGGAAACAGGCCUCUUACUCUUGCGGAGAAGAUUCUGUACAGUCACAUAUCAGAUCCCAAGAAGAGUCUGACGGACGGGAAGCUCAAGCGUGGAGAGACCUACCUCCAGCUGAGUCCAGAGCGGGUCGCAAUGCAGGAUGCUUCAGCCCAACUUCAGUUCAUGAGUGCUGGUAUGACCAAGUGUGCUGUACCGACAAGCAUACAUUGCGACCACCUCAUCCAGGCGGUGAAUGGUGCAGAAGCUGACUUAAAGCGUUCCAUUGCAUCGAACCAAGAAGUCUUCGAUUUCUUGGAGAGUGCAGCGCGCAAGUAUGGCAUCGAGUUUUGGAAGCCCGGCUCAGGCAUCAUCCAUCAAAUCGUGUUGGAGAACUACGCUGCACCGGGAAUGCUCAUGCUCGGGACAGACUCGCACACGCCUAAUGCUGGCGGCCUGGGCAUGCUUGCCAUCGGUGUCGGAGGCGCGGACGCCGUAGAUGCUAUGACCGGCACACCAUGGGAGUUGAAGGCACCUCAGAUCGUGGGCAUUCACUUGACUGGCAGCCUGUCUGGAUGGGCAACUCCCAAAGACCUCAUCUUGCACCUGGCCGGCAAGCUUACCGUCAGGGGUGGGACGGGUCGUAUUCUGGAGUACUUCGGCCCCGGCGUCUUCAAUCAGUCAUGUACAGGUCUGGCCACGGUUGCAAACAUGGGCGCUGAGGUAGGCGCAACGACCUCUACCUUCCCCUACACGCCGAAUAUGCGCUCGUACCUCACCGCGACUGGUCGUGCUCCUGUCGCGCGUGCGGCAGACGAGGCCGCCUCUAAGGGUUUCCUAUCCGCGGAUGAGGGUGCUGAGUACGAUGAGGUCAUCGAAGUUAACUUGUCUGAACUGGAACCCACUAUCAAUGGACCCUUCACACCGGAUUUGGCCACUCCUCUUUCCAAGUUUAGCGACUUUAUCAAGGAGCAAGGUUGGAAGGACGAGCUAUCUGCGGGACUGAUUGGAUCGUGUACGAACAGCUCGUACGAGGACAUGACCAGCGUGGCUGACUUGGCAAGGCAAGCAAAGGCGGCAGGACUCAAAGUGAAGGUUCCCUUCCUCUGCACUCCUGGUUCUGAGCAGAUCCGCGCGACGAUAGAACGCGACGAGGUCACGGGCGCCCUACAGGAUGUCGGUGCGACUGUUCUGGCCAACGCCUGCGGUCCGUGCAUUGGACAGUGGAAGCGGGAUGACAAGAAGGACGAGGAGAAUGCCAUUUUGACGUCCUUUAACCGGAACUUCAAGUCUCGCAAUGACGGGAACCGGCUAACGAUGAACUUCCUCGCCUCCCCGACACUGGUAACCGCUUUCUCCUUCGCCGGAAAGCUCUCCUUCAAUCCAAUGACCGACACAAUCUCCACUCUCUCCGGGGCUCCCUUCAAGUUCACCCCACCUAAGGGCCAGGACCUACCCACAGCAGGCUUUACGCCCGGCGAGACCAGCUUCUACCCGAAGCCCACUCCUGAGCCGCAGCCCGAGACGGAGGUCAUCAUUCAUCCCGACUCACAGCGGCUGGAGGUGCUGGAGCCGUUUUCGAGCCACUUCGGCGAGGGCAGCGGGAACUUGAGAGGGCUGGAACUUCCGCCGUUGAAGGUGUUGAUGAGGGUUAGGGGAAAGUGCACGACGGAUCAUAUUUCUGCUGCGGCUGAUAUUGCAAUGAAAGGGCCCGUGGCUAAGUACAAGGGACAUCUGACUAACAUAUCCGAAAACCUCUUGAUCACUGCUGCUAACGACGAAGGUGGCGACGUGAACGUUGCCUUCGACCACGAACACGAGUCCUCUCGAUCCGAAACUGAUACCAUUCCCAAUGUUGCGAAACGCUUCAAGGCGCGUAAGCAGCCUUGGGCCCUAGUAGUUGACGAUAACUACGGUGAAGGUAGUGCUCGCGAGCACGCUGCGCUGCAACCUCGGUUCUACGGAUGCGCUAUGAUUGUUGCGCGGUCAUUUGCACGAAUUCACGAGACCAACCUCAAAAAACAAGGCAUCCUGCCUCUGUGGUUUGCCGAUAAGGCAGACUAUGCACGCAUAGGGUCUGGAGACGUCGUGGAGACGCUCGGCCUUGCUGACCUACUGAACGGCGUUCCCGAUGCUAUCAUCAAGCUGAAGGUGACCCGACGAAACGGAGAUAUCUUCGAGGUACCAACGAAGCACACAAUGUCCAGUGAUCAGCUGAAGUGGUUGCGGGCUGGUUCAGCGCUGAAUCACAUCCGCUCGCAAGUGCAGUCUUCAUAG